ACCGGAAACAACGUUCGUUGACUUGUUCACUUUCCAGUCUUGUUUUGGCAGUUUGUCAAAGAUCUUGACGUGUCGCGCGCAAUUGAAUUUGUUGACAUUAUCAUCAGCUCUACUAUCUUUAAUUCAUUCGCUCCGCAGCAAAUUCAAACCACUUUUUUUUUUUUUUUUCGUCCCACCGAUCUGUUUACGCUUCAUCUGAUGCAGCAGUAGACUAAUCUCUCGGUGUUACACUUCCAUCCAUCCAUCUAUCUACCUGCAAGCCACCCACCAUGCCGCCGCUGUCUUGUUCCGUUUCGUCGGAGGCUUCAUCAUCAUCAAGUCACCACGUAGUUCUUCGCCGCCGCCGCCGCCGCACCACCACUUGUGUCAUCAUUAACAAUAUUAACUUGUUCAUCUCUCCCGUCGUAUUUCUCCUCCUCCUCCUUUUCGCAACGGUCAACUCAGCUGCAGCAGGGGAAACAAGUUCAACUUUGAGCUCACCCACUACAGCAACGAUAGCAGCCGGAACGGACGGAUACAAAUACAUUGGUUGUUACAACGAGACCACGGCCGGCCUCUCGGGAACAGGUGGUAGUGGAACUAGGGCGCUAUAUGGCGGGAUCAAUGAGGUGUUGCCGGGGGUGAUGACGGUGGAGAAGUGUUUGGGGUUUUGUAAGGGUGGGUUGGAGAAAAAGGGGUAUCGGUUUGCUGGGUUGGAGUAUUCGAGAGAAUGCUGGUGCGCCUCUCAGCUGUUCUCUCUCUCCUCCAAAGUCGCCGAUGCCGAGUGCAACUUGUCCUGUGACGGGGACGCGAGCCAAGUCUGUGGAGGAAGUUUGAGGAUCAGUGUUUACGAUCUGGAAGGUGAUGUUGAUUCCGUUGCUGCUGGUGGACAGUCAAAGUCAUCUAGACUUGUCAGAGAGCUGGUGUUAGUGGUCGGGGGAGCGGUGUUGGCGCGGCUGUUAUGGUGAAGUGGUUUUUGUGAAUUGUUGGAUGGUGGAAAGUAAUAGAUUGAUGUUGAUGCACUCGCCAGGAAAGGAACAUGGGAAUCCAGGAUGGCUUCCCGUCAUCCUCAAAGUCCCACGAAGAAUAUACAGAGAUGAGCAUAUAUACAUCCAUGAUGGAUGAACAAGAAUUCAACAAGUUCAAGGGGC